CUAGAUGUAAUUUCUUCUGCCUAUUGCUCUCGUACACGCACUUGAGUUACCUUUGAUAUGAGUCAGGAACACACAUCACACGGUAUAUGUUGACACUAGAAAGUUUAGCACUUCUUUAUUUGUUUAUGUAUGUUCUGGUGGAAAAGCUCAUUUAAGACAUGAUUAAACAACCAUAUAAAAGAAAUGUUAUGUCGAUAAAAUUGUUUACAAUAGAGGUAAGAAUUACUGGAAAAUGAUAGGUGGACAAUAAAAAUGGAAAAUUCUUUAUAAGCUGUGUUUGAAGGGCAAUUGUGAUCUGUUAAUAAUUUUUCCAGAUAUUGAUCCAUUGGUAGAAUUCAUUUAUUUUUUAUUUUGUUUCGAGGACAGAGAACCUCUAUGUAUUUCACUACUUUCUGCUUAUUCUCAUCUGUAGUAGUAUUCAUCCAAUUAUUAAAUUGCAAUUAAAAGACUACGUUUUAUGUCUCUUAUUUUAUUAAUAAUAAACUUACGCCCAUGUGUCAUGCAUGCUUUUUUUCUUCUUAUUUCACAUAAAUUGAAUUUGUGUUAUUGGCAGCUCAGGACACUACUAAAAAUCUCUUUCUAGUGCAGGUGUUAGUUUACCAUGAUCUACUAGGAAUGAUGCAACACCCACAUCAUGCCAAGGUAACCCCCAAAUUCUGCAAGCAGUAUGGGCAAGUUGGAGAUGUCAUUAACAAGGCUCUUUCAGAGUACAAGGAAGAAGUAACAAAUGGUUCAUUCCCAGGCCCUGCCCACAGCCUGUAUAAAAUUAAUACCGCCGAUGUUGAUGGUUUUUUAAAUGAGCUGCAAAAGUUGGGUUUGGACAAGGCCGCAUCAGCAGCUGCUACAGCGGCUGAGAAGAUUGAGAAUGCUGAAUCACCUGAUGUCUAUGUGGUCUAUAUGGGAAGCAGAGAUGGUCAUGACCGAGAUGAGAUUUUGAUGCAGAACCACCAAUUCCUCACUGAUUUUCAUGGUGGAAGUGUUGAACAAGCCAGGGCAUCUCAUGUCUACAGUUACAGACAUGGUUUCAGAGGCUUUGCAGCCAAGUUGACAGAGGAUCAAGCUUCUGAAAUUGCCAGUAUGUCAAUACAAUAG